AUGGACCGUGCCGCCAAGUUUCUGUACCGGGUCAAAGGGUUGAUAUUUCGCAUCCUGGUAAUCUAUCUCAACGUAGUGACCCAGAUUGUCUACAUCUGGACCGUGACCAAUCGGGAGGACGACCUGUACGUGCCUCAGAACGAAGCAGAAGCACAUCUCGUCGGUGAAGUCCCGUUUCCGGCAUGGUAUCCAUUUGAUUACAAAUCCUCGAACGGGCUGUACUUCUUGGCAGUGGCCUAUCAGUUGGUUUCUCUCACGUGCAGUGCCCUGUUCAAUGUCUCGUGCGAUUCUCUGUUUGCCCUGCUGCUAGGGACCCUAAGCGAUAUCCUGAACUUGUUUGGCACGCCAGUUCUCCUGCAGCUGUUCUGCUCGGUUUUCAUACUUUGUAUUACCGGGCUGCACCUUGUUGCCGAUGAGCACACCGUUGAAGAGUUCAUAUUUGUUUUGCUCUAUUUGCUCUGUUUGAUUACACAAGUCUUCACACACUGUCAUUUUGGUAACGAGACAACCUACACGUCCAAACGGGUGCACCAGGCUACGUCAUUCGUGAACUAUCCCGACAUGGACAUCCGAACCCGAAAGCUUCUGAUUAUGUUUCAACACCGCACCGUUACUGAGCUGAAAUGUUUUGCCAAGGCGGUCCUCCACAUAGAGCUCAGCAUGGCCACGUUCGUUACGAUUAUCAAAUCAUCCUACUCCUUUCUGACCGUCCUGCGGUCGAUGACGGAAUAA